AUGAAGUGCUUUUUUCCCUUGUCCUUCUGUCUCUAUUUAUCUCUAUCAUGGGCCCUUACGAAUAUAACGAUCGACGAUACCAGCAGCAUGAUCAACUACAAGGGGAGCUGGGAUAAUAGCAGCAGCCAUACCUCCUCAUUGGACUAUAAUGGUAGCCAUACAUUGAGUAGCCAGAACUCAGCUACCGCUACAUUCACGUUUACCGGUGUUGCUGUAUACUAUCUUUCCCCUUUAUGGCCGUAUUGGGUUAAUUCGACGAUUACAAUCGACGGCGGGGACGAGACAACCCUCAACCUCACGGAUCCCGUCGCUUCAACGACCGAUUCUGGUGGGUCAGAAUCAUCACCGUAUGGUGUACGGUGGAGCAAGACUGGACUGUCCAACUCUUCCCAUGAAGUCGUUGUCUCGAUGGCGCCUUCAGGUAACUGGGUAGUUGUGGAUGGAUUUAUGUGA